AUGCCAAACGAGCAUCGGAAAGCCAUUCAAAAUAAUUUCGGCUCUUUAGUGGAGCAGACUGAUCUUGACAUAAUGGUGUCAGCCCUGUACGAAAAAGGAGUCUUUUCUGAACAAAUGAUUGAACCCUUCAAAGACACAAACAAGGACACAAGAACCCGGAAACGACAAUUAUACAUGGAUAUAAUGAGGAGAGGGCCUGAUGCUUUUGGCCAUCUACUAGAAUCGCUGGAAGAAAAUGGUUAUUGGGACUUGGUGAGGGCUCUGGAUCCCACAAGCUCUUUGCAUCUGCAACCACGAAAUUCAUACAAUGGCCAAGAUUCAAAAACUGGCGAGAGUAGUUAUGUCAGCAUAAGGACAGAAAAGAAGAGAACAAAACCAAAUGUUGAAAUCCACAAAAGUGAGGCACCAACUUUGCCCCCCGAAAGUAAUAAAGAUAUAACAGACCCAUCUGUAGACAUUCCAUAUUUUCAUGUUGUGAAGUCAACUAAAUUCUUUGAAGACAAUGAGGACAAAGACAUCAAGCUGUACAGAAUGCGGCGGCGGCAGCGCGGCAUUCUGGUCAUCUUCAGCUAUAUACAGUUCAACGGCAUGGAGAGGUACCGCAAGGGUGUCGACAUCGACUGCAAGAAGCUCAAAUAUUUGUUUGACGAAAUGGGCUUCUCUGUCAUCGCUUAUCAGAACCUUACAAAACCAGAGACUGAGCACACCCUGAAGUUGUUAGAAGAGGUGCUGGUGGGCACAGAGUGCGUGUUCAUCAUGGUGUCGUCGCACGGCUACGAGCGCGCACCGCGCUGCACAGACACCGACAUCAGAUGCUCCGACGGCAAACUCAUUUCCUUCCUGGACAUCGUAGACCGCUUCAGCAACGCCAACCUCCCGGCCUUGCGCGGGAUACCCAAGGUGUUCAUCUCGCAGCUGUGUCGCGGCCGGCUGGAGGAGUGGGUGAUGGCGCCGCGCGACGGCGGCCGCGUCGGGCGCAGCGGGGGCGGCGGGGGCGGCGCGGCGGGGCCGGCGGGGGGGCGCGUCGAGCGCGACGGCGCCCGCUGGGAGGAGGCGCGCCACGCGCAGCCCGACCGCGUCUACUCGGACAUACUGAUCGCCCACUCCACCGUGCCAGGUUUCGUGUCGCAUCGCGACCCGGAUAGAGGCUCCUGGUACGUGCAGGCGCUGUGCGAGGUGUUCGCGGCGCGAGCCCACGACUGCCACGUGGAGAAACUGCUCACGCUCGUGGACGAGAGGCUGCACGCACACUUCGCGGUGCAGACGUCGUCCAUAGAAAAGUGGGGCUUCAACCGCCGCCUCUACCUGCACCCCGGCCUCUACGAGGAC